GUUCCCGCGCCUGCCUGCCUCGUUCCGGGCGCCUAAGCACGUUGUGUAGCGGCGCGGCGCCGGGGCGCCCUCGCCGGCACCAUGGCCCGAAAUGCAGAAAAAGCCAUGACUGCCCUAGCGAGAUUCCGGCAAGCUCAGCUGGAAGAGGGAAAGGUCAAGGAACGGAGACCUUUCCUUGCUUCCGAGUGCACAGAACUGCCAAAAGCAGAGAAGUGGAGACGGCAGAUCAUUGGAGAGAUCUCAAAAAAAGUUGCUCAGAUUCAGAAUGCUGGUUUAGGGGAAUUCCGAAUCCGAGACCUGAAUGAUGAAAUUAACAAGCUGCUGAGGGAGAAAGGACACUGGGAGGUCCGGAUCAAGGAGCUGGGCGGCCCUGACUAUGGAAAAGUUGGCCCCAAGAUGCUGGAUCACGAAGGUAAAGAAGUCCCAGGAAACCGAGGUUACAAGUACUUUGGGGCAGCGAAAGAUUUGCCUGGUGUCAGAGAGCUAUUCGAGAAAGAGCCCCUUCCUCCUCCCAGAAAGACACGUGCUGAGCUCAUGAAGGCAAUCGAUUUUGAGUACUAUGGUUACCUGGAUGAAGAUGAUGGAGUGAUUGUGCCCUUGGAGCAAGAGUACGAGAAGAGACUCAGGGCUGAGCUGGUGGAAAAAUGGAAAGCAGAGAGAGAGGCUCGGCUGGCAAGGGGAGAAAAGGAAGAGGAGGAGGAGGAAGAGGAGAUCAACAUCUAUGCCGUCACCGAGGAGGAGUCUGAUGAGGAAGGCAGCCAGGAGAAGGCAGGGGAAGACGGUCAGCAGAAGUUCAUUGCUCAUGUUCCGGUGCCGUCACAGCAGGAGAUUGAGGAGGCGCUUGUACGGAGGAAGAAAAUGGAACUGCUCCAGAAAUACGCAAGCGAGACUCUGCAGGCACAGAGUGAAGAGGCCAAGCGGCUCCUGGGGUACUAGGCCAGAGCCCUCACUCCUGGGAUACGAGGCCAAGCCAGAGCCCUUACUCCUGGGGUACUAGGCCAAGCCAGAGCCCUCACUCCUGGGGUACUAGACUGUAGGCCGAGCCAGAGCCCUCACUCCUGGGGUACUAGGCCGAGCCAGAGCCCUCACUCCUGGGGUACUAGGCCAAGCCAGAGCCCUUACUCUGGUGGGUGUGCUCGGUACGCCAUGGCCGCCAUCCUCAUAGCUGCCCUGGGCUGUGGCUAGGCUGGCUGGCUCUGGGAUGCCCUGGGCCUUUCUCACCCUUGAUCUUGCCUCCUCUCUGGACAUGUGAGCUGGCCUGAUGGUAGGGCCUGUCCCUUCCCAGUAAGCUGCCAGGGAACUGAAUGCAUUAGUAACCAUCAUUUCGUACAGAUGCUUUUGAUACCAUAUGGAUCCAUUUAUUUUUAUUUUGGAAUGUGUAAAAUCUGUUCUGAAAAUUUAUUCUGUACUAUGAUUUUGGGAAUUGAGAAGGAUCAAUUAGUAGCCAGUUUUUAAAAAUACAUGAUUUUUAUUCAAAUCA